CCCCCCCCCAGACAAUCGCCUACUUGUUCGAUUAGCUAUUACUACAUAUCUCCUUUCUUCUAAAGAUGGCUGCCAAACGACCACAUGAUGCAGAUUCUGCAGACGCCCCGGCGAAGAAGAGGAAGGGGUUCCAGGUUGGCCCUGCAAACCUGCCCGACGGGACCUAUCGCCGCAAAGCGCAAAAAAUCAAAAACGAUCUCAUCCAGAAAGCCAAAGUGAGGAAAGCUUACGCCAAGAUCAGAGCCCAGGAACUUGCCGCCGGCCCAACCAAGUCCAUCUACGAUACCCAGACAGAGGAGCAGGAUGAAGGGAGAUUGCAGGAUCAACCGGAACCGGCGAGUCUAGAGCUCCAUCCAGACCGACAGGCGAUGUUGGAUGCCCCGGAGCCCGAGCCCGUCCCCGAACCGGCGGAGAGAAGACGGCGGCACCACCCCGAGGGGGGGAAGGCGAGAGAGCGUCGCCCACGUCAACCGCGCCAGUCCGCGUUUGCCAAGGAGAUGCAACUCGUGGAGAAGCGCAAGCAGGAGGCCGAGGUGAGGCAGAAAGAGCGCGAGUUCCGGCAGAACGACCGCGAAGCCAUGGCCCGCGCUCGCCGGCCGGAUCAGAAUGGGAAACGGAGACUGGGGAGGGAGAGCAAGGUGCUGCUGAGCCGCGUUCAACAUAUGAUGGCGAAAUAG